UCUCGCAACCCCGGUUGGCACGCUAUGACGUGUUCCGCGCGCCUUCCCUAUCUCGACGUCCAAAAUCUCAACUGCUCCCCCCCUUCAUUUCCGCAACACCAACGUCGCCGGACGCGCAUUGAAAAUUCAACGCAAGAUGAGUGGCUAUCAUCCAUACAAGGACGGGAGCCGUCCGCACGGUGGCUCGAGCCAGCAUGCAAAUUCCGAGAAUCAACAAGGACUCCAAACCGGCACUGCCUUACCCAACACCGUUUCGUCUCCGAAUACUCAUUCUACAAGUAACCCUUUCGCUGGACUUGGCAUCACUGGGCUUGGGAGCGGGGGCUUCGGAACCUCUGGGCGCACAAGAGGAGGUUUCGGCCUUUUCUCUAGCACUCUGCAGGCCUUUCAGACACCCAAUCAACCUGCAACUGGAGUGGUUCAGCCUGGGAGUAACACAAACACGUCUUUGUUCGGCGGUAGCCAGAGUGGCGUAUUCUCUCCGGGGCCCGCUGUCAUUCCUCAACCGCACGCCACUGCUAGCGCCCCUUCCAGUCCCAUGGCACCGCAUACGACAGUUGCUAGCGGCGCAUUUGGUGACGGGACUUGGAGUCCGUUCGCCGUAGCGGCAACUAGUCGGUUCGCGAACAUUGGAACGGACAAUCUCUGUUCCCCGCCAUACAUGGUGGAGCUAGAUCGCGCGACUUCUAUUCCUCCUACGAAACAAGCUUACCAGACCAUUACCUUCGUGGACAGAUUCCAGACGUUCAGCCUGGAAGAAUUGAGGGUGGCCGACUAUGCUCGCAGAGUAGGCACAUCGGGACGCUCAACCUCUGCUCCGGGCACGGUGGAAUCUGGCCAAGUACGCAGCAAUUCGGGGUACGCAGACGAGCGGCCGCGGAAUUGUCUACCCUUGCUAAGGGGCCCUGGUAUUGAAGUGGUUGUCGGUGCGGAUUGUUCAACCUUUGGUGAUCCACUCGUACAACAGACCUGGUCUCUUCCACAGGCCCUCUUGUCUCAUCAUUCUCCUUUCCUAAAGGCCGCCUGCACCCACAACUUCAAAGAACGCGAGGAAAAACGAAUCACUCUUCCCACCGAUGACCCCAAGAUAUUCGCACUCUUCGUCGAGUGGAUAUACUACGGCGAAUACACGAUACCACUGAGCACUGGGGCUGUCGGCGGUCACACCAAUAUGGACGCUGAAGCCUGGGUACUUGGCGAUAAGUUAAUGUCAACUGCAUUCAAGAACUACGCGAUGGACCGUCUGUACUCGCGUCACGGCUCGCAGUUCUUCAGUACGGUAGUGAUGCCUGAAGAUGUCGCAUACGCAUGCAACAACAGCCAAGCUGGUUCCCCUAUCCGUCAGCUUUUCUUCGAUAUCGUCUCGACGCACUUCUCGGAGCCUACGCGCGUCGCCGGUUCCGCGGAGGAGUGGGACAAGGUGCUCCUAGAUCAUGAUGACGCUCGGACGUACCUUCUUCGAGGGUUCCGGCUCGAGUCCGGCCAGCGUAAAUUCGUUAAGAGCAAGGAGGCUUACAUGGAGGAGGAGUUGGGACACUCCGUUCCCCCGGUGAAAAGCGAAGGUACGAAGUGAUAGGCAAGCUGGAGACCGCGUGAUUGUUCUCGAUAGUCUUCAUCUUACCUCUAGGAGGACGACGAGGGAAGGUAGCCAGCUGCCCCUGCGGAAUGGCGAGAAUGGCUGGCGCAUAGCUGUAGCCAUGGUUGUUGCAUACCAUGUAGUAGUUUUCGGGAAGGGUACCUUCGGGCGGUAUAAAUCCCCGUAAGCAUCCGCAUGAAGAUAUGAUGGCGCUAGGUGCUCU